CUCGGCGGCCGAACGGGCUGGACGGGCGGGACUGACGGGAGGGGAGGACGCAGAGGACCCGCGCGAGCGCUGGCUGGGCGCUGGCCACGUCCGCCUCCGCCACAGGCUGCGCUCCAAAGGCAGUGCCCCAACCCGGAGCCGGCCCCGCCCGGGGGACACCGCCCGGUGGCCGACGAGGUCGUCAGUUCUGCCCUGUCUUCCAGACCCGGAGGACCUAGGCUCCCGGACGGCAAGGAACCGCCCAACAUGGCAUCGGAGAGCGGAAAGCUGUGGGGUGGCCGGUUUGUGGGCGCAGUGGACCCCAUCAUGGAGAAGUUCAACUCGUCCAUCACCUAUGACCAGCACCUCUGGGAGGUGGACGUGCAGGGCAGCAAGGCCUACAGCCGGGGCCUGCAGAAGGCGGGGAUCCUCACCAAGACCGAGAUGGACCAGAUACUCCAGGGCCUGGACAAGGUAGCUGAGGAGUGGGCCCAGGGCACCUUCAAACUAAACCCCAAUGAUGAGGACAUCCACACGGCCAAUGAGCGGCGUCUGAAGGAGCUCAUCGGUGAAACCGCAGGGAAGCUGCACACAGGACGAAGUCGGAACGACCAGGUGGUCACAGACCUCAGGCUGUGGAUGCGGCAGAACUGCUCCACGCUCUCUGCCCUCCUCCGGGAGCUCAUCAGAACCAUGGUGGAUCGGGCAGAGGCGGAACGUGACGUCCUCCUCCCAGGGUACACGCACCUGCAGAGGGCUCAGCCCAUCCGCUGGGGCCACUGGAUCCUGAGCCAUGCUGUGGCACUGACCAGAGACUCUGAGAGGCUGCUGGAGGUGCAGAAGCGGAUCAACGUCCUGCCCCUGGGGAGCGGGGCCAUCGCAGGCAACCCUCUGGGUGUGGACCGGGAGCUGCUCCGAGCAGAACUGAACUUUGGGGCCAUCACUCUCAACAGCAUGGAUGCCACCAGUGAGCGAGACUUUGUGGGUGAGUCCUGGGCGCUAGCCCGCCCGCCCUCCAGGGCCAGUCCCCUGCAGUGCGUGCUGCCUUUGUCCCCCCGCCCUGCCUCCUCUCCAGCUUCCUACCACCCCCGUAUGGCCCACCGGACCUUCUCCAGGCUGGGUGAGGGGCAAGGCCUGGUGACCAGACAGCCUGCUCUCCCUCUCCUCCCACAAGCUGAGUUCCUGUUCUGGGCUUCGCUGUGUAUGACACACCUCAGCAGGAUGGCCGAGGAUCUCAUCCUCUAUGGCACCAAGGAAUUCAACUUGGUGCAGCUCUCAGACGCCUACAGCACUGGAAGCAGCCUGAUGCCCCAGAAGAAAAACCCAGACAGCCUGGAGCUGAUCCGGAGCAAGGCGGGGCGAGUGUUUGGGCGGUGUGCUGGGCUCCUGAUGACCCUCAAGGGACUUCCGAGCACCUACAACAAGGACUUACAGGAGGACAAGGAAGCCGUGUUUGAAGUGUCCAACACCAUGAGCGCCGUCAUCCAGGUGGCCACUGGCGUCAUCUCUACACUGCAGAUUCACCGUGAGAAUAUGGCACGGGCUCUUAGUCCUGACAUGCUGGCAACUGACCUCGCCUACUACCUGGUCCGCAAAGGGAUGCCAUUCCGCCAGGCCCACGAGGCCUCCGGGAAAGCCGUGUUCAUGGCCGAGACCAAAGGGGUCGCCCUCAACCAGCUGUCGCUGCAGGAGCUACAGACCAUCAGCCCCCUGUUCUCGGGAGACGUGAGCCACGUGUGGGACUACGGACACAGCGUGGAGCAGUACACAGCCCUGGGGGGCACCGCACGCUCCAGUGUCGACUGGCAGAUUGGGCAGGUGCGAGCUCUCCUAGGGGCACAGCAGGCCUAGAGCCCUCCCCAUGCCUCUCCCAAAUAAAGUGGGCCCAAGAGGA